AUGUGUGCUCCAUCUAGUCGGUUGGUUGCGCAGUACAAUGAAUCAUUCGCAACCGCUCUUAUUAAACGUUGCUUUCGAUGUCGAUCCAGGGGAGAUUUAGGCUCUUGUAGAGAUCCUUUUACAUUUAAUGCCACUCAAGUCGAAGAUGAAAAGGGUGUAGAAGCAGUGCCUUGUGCCUCCGGGUGGUGUGGAAAAAUUCUUGAAGGUGGAAACAGCUUCAAAGAUGAUGAAUAUGGCAAAGCAACCCAAAGAAUGUGUCUGCAACGAGGACCCGAUGAUGGAGAAGAUAGGUGUGCUUACACGGUUUGGAAUUAUAAAAAGGUAUAUAUGUGUUUUUGUCAAGGUGAUCUUUGUAAUUCAUCUUCAAAAGUGCAGUUGAAUAAUUAUAUUAUUUAUGGACUUUCUCUAGCUACGCUCUUAUUGCAAGCACCACUUUAUAUAAAAUGA